GCGGGUUAGGUUGCGCCCAGAGGGUGGCAGGCCUUCCUGACCAGCGAAGGGAUUGAAACUUGGGGAUUGGGAAGCAGUCUUCAUUCUCUCCUUAGCUCCCCCCCCCCCUCUUGAUUAUCAGCUGGUGUCCUCAGGGGUUGGAGACUGAUGUAGCCAGCAGUCUGGAAGGUACAGCAUUGUAAGGGCUAAGUCUCAUCACAUCCAACUAAUUAAUUUUAGCAAUGACACCAUUCCCCUCCCAGCUAGUGCAGAUGGAUUAAUUGCACACUGGAGGUGCCUGUUUGAAAUGGCACUGGAUGCUGUGCUCCCCCCGCCCCCUCUCAGGGUGCCUUCCAAUAUCACUGGCUUCUGUCCCCACCCAGUCUAAAGUCUUCUUCCUCCAGCCCCAGGCACCUUCCACUAGUACUGCUGUUGCAUUCCUGGGUUCGUUCAUACAGCGCUCAUCCCACCCCACCCACCCUGGUCUCUUUUCAAUAGCAUCAGCCCUGGCUUGCUCCCCAUUGUGGGUUCUUUUUUAUCCUGGUUUGUACAUGAUGAUUCCAGAGCGGGAUGGUCGGCCACCCAGGCUGUAAUGUCGUCCCUGACGACCUCCCAUGAGGGCGCAAGCUCCACUCCCAGGUUUUUUGUUGGUACCCGAGAUGAUGAGACAGACUUUCUGGGAUCAAACAUGAAGACAGACGAGAUCGAUUUCUUUGAGGAUGAUGAGGAGUCAGAGUCGCCUCCAGAACGGCAGAUUGUGGUUGGAAUCUGUGCCAUGACCAAAAAGUCCAAGUCAAAGCCCAUGACCCAGAUCCUGGAACGUCUGUGCAAGUUUGAGUACAUCACAGUGGUGAUCAUGGGAGAAGAUGUCAUUCUGAACGAGCCAGUGGAGAACUGGCCUCCUUGUGACUGCCUCAUUUCCUUCCACUCUAAAGGAUUCCCUCUGGAUAAGGCAGUUGCUUACGCCAAGUUGUGCAAUCCGUUUCUGAUUAAUGACCUUGAUAUGCAGUAUUACAUCCAGGACAGGCGAGAAGUAUACCGGAUCUUGCAGGAGGAAGGCAUAGACUUGCCCCGCUACGCUGUGCUCAAUCGAGACCCUGACAAGCCGGAUGAAUGCAACCUAGUGGAGGGAGAGGACCAAGUGGAGGUGAAUGGAGCCGUUUUCCCAAAGCCGUUUGUAGAGAAGCCAGUCAGUGCAGAGGAUCACAAUGUUUAUAUUUACUAUCCAACUUCGGCAGGUGGGGGCAGCCAGAGGCUCUUCCGGAAGAUUGGUAGCCGGAGCAGUGUUUACUCCCCUGAAAGCUGUGUACGGAAAACGGGCUCAUACAUUUACGAGGAGUUCAUGCCUACAGAUGGCACUGAUGUCAAGGUGUACACAGUUGGGCCGGAUUAUGCCCAUGCAGAAGCCCGGAAGUCCCCUGCUCUGGAUGGGAAGGUUGAACGGGACAGUGAGGGGAAAGAAAUCCGCUAUCCAGUCAUGCUGACUGCCAUGGAGAAGUUAGUUGCCAGGAAAGUCUGUGUUGCCUUUAAGCAGACAGUGUGUGGGUUUGACCUUCUCCGGGCGAAUGGCCACUCUUUUGUCUGCGAUGUGAAUGGGUUCAGCUUUGUGAAGAACUCCAUGAAGUAUUAUGAUGACUGCGCCAAAAUUCUUGGGAAUAUAAUCAUGCGGGAGUUGGCUCCCCAGUUCCAGAUUCCCUGGUCCAUCCCAACGGAGGCAGAGGAUAUUCCCAUUGUCCCCACAACGUCAGGCACCAUGAUGGAGCUGCGCUGUGUUAUUGCAGUGAUACGACAUGGAGACCGCACCCCCAAGCAGAAGAUGAAGAUGGAGGUUAAACACUCUAGGUUCUUUGAAUUAUUUGAGAAAUAUGAUGGCUACAAGACAGGGAAGCUGAAGCUGAAGAAACCAGAGCAGCUGCAGGAAGUGCUGGAUAUUGCGCGCCUGCUAGUGGUGGAGUUGGGAACUCACAAUGACUGUGAGAUAGAGGAGAGGAAGUCCAAAUUGGAGCAGCUAAAAACUGUCCUGGAGAUGUAUGGACACUUCUCUGGCAUUAACCGCAAGGUGCAGCUAACCUACCUGCCUCGUGGACACCCAAAAGCUUCCAGUGAAGACGAAGAUGCCCGUAAGGAGCCCUCCCCAUCUCUGCUACUGGUGCUGAAAUGGGGUGGAGAGCUGACCCCAGCAGGAAGGGUCCAGGCAGAAGAGCUUGGUCGGGCCUUUCGCUGUAUGUACCCUGGAGGCCAAGGUGACUAUGCUGGCUUCCCAGGGUGUGGCCUGCUCAGACUGCACAGCACCUACCGUCAUGACCUCAAGAUCUAUGCUUCAGAUGAGGGCAGGGUUCAGAUGACAGCAGCAGCUUUUGCAAAGGGUCUCCUGGCUCUGGAGGGAGAGCUAACCCCCAUCUUGGUGCAAAUGGUAAAAAGUGCCAAUAUGAAUGGGCUGUUGGACAGUGAUAGCGACUCCCUCAGCAGCUGCCAGCACAGAGUGAAGGCACGGCUGCACGAAAUCAUGCAGAAGGAUGCCAAGUUCUGCGAGGAGGAUUACGAAAAGUUAGCACCUACAGGCAGCAUCUCUCUGGUCAACUCCAUGACUUUCAUCCAGAACCCAGUAGAGAUCUGUGACCAAGUGUUUGCCUUGAUCGAGAACCUCACUUCCCAGAUAUGCAAACGUCUGGAAGAUCCCAAAUCUGCAGACCUGCAGCUGUACCACAGCGAGACUUUGGAGCUGAUGCUGCAGCGCUGGAGCAAGCUGGAGAGGGAUUUCCGCAUGAAGAAUGGGCGCUAUGACAUCAGCAAGAUCCCUGAUAUCUAUGACUGCAUUAAAUAUGAUGUACAACACAAUUGUACCCUGAAGCUGGAGGGCACUGCUGAACUCUUCAAACUCUCCAAAGCCUUGGCAGAUGUGAUCAUACCCCAGGAAUAUGGGAUUAAUAAGGAGGAGAAGCUGGAGAUUGCUAUUGGCUUCUGUCUUCCUCUCAUCAAGAAGAUCCAGUUGGACCUGCAAAGAACCCAUGAGGAUGAGUCUGUCAACAAGCUGCACCCCUUGUACUCGAGAGGAGUCCUGUCCCCAGGUCGCCAUGUCCGGACACGGUUAUACUUUACCAGCGAGAGCCACGUACAUUCCCUGCUCAGCAUCUUCCGCUAUGGUGGGCUCUUGGAUGAGUCCAAGGACCAGCAGUGGAAGAGAGCCAUGGACUAUUUGAGUGCUAUCUCAGAACUGAACUACAUGACCCAGAUUGUUAUCAUGCUCUACGAGGACAACAACAAGGACCCAUCUUCAGAGGAGCGUUUUCACGUGGAGCUGCAUUUCAGCCCAGGUGUGAAGGGAUGUGAGGAAGAUGGAAGUGCCCCUACAGGGUUUGGCUUUCGGCCUGCAUCAGCAGAAAAUGAUGAUAAGAAGCCAAACCAGGGCAGCAUGGAGGAUCUCUCCAAAGUGAAGAGCAUUGAUGAGACAGACCAAGCACAAGAAAGGUCACCCCAACCCUCUGAGCCAAUCUGCAUUCAGCGGAGAUCGCCCUUGAUCCGCAACCGGAAAACUGGGUCCAUGGAGGUGCUGUCCGAGUCCUCUUCCAAAACUGGAGGGUAUCGCCUCUUCUCCUCCUACUCCAGACAAUCUACCGAAAUGAAGCAAAGUGGCCUAGGGUCGCAGUGUACAGGACUAUUUAGCACUACUGUGCUCGGAGGCUCCUCCAGUGCCCCAAACCUUCAGGACUACGCACGCAGCCAUGGCAAAAAGUUCGCCGCCAGCCUGACAUACAAAGAUGAGCUCUUGUCUAUGCCAGCCGUAAAACGAUUUUCUGUGUCGUUUGCAAAGCAUCCGACUAAUGAUGUGCUUGAACACCACCGUGUUGUCCCGCUGCUGUGCCGUUUUUCCUCUGACUAUGCCAUGAGACAGAACAUCUCCUUGGAUGCCACUCUGGCCCACCACCUACAUCAGUGUUCCUACCACCUGCGUCUCUUCAGGAGCUGGCUGAUCUCAGGCCAGGAUGACUUGGAGUGCCUCUACGGUUUUGAAGGCUGCUCCAUGGUUCCCACCAUUUACCCACUGGAGACCCUGCACAACUCCCUCUCUUUGCGACAGGUCAAUGAGUUCCUGACGUCUGUGUGCAGGUGUUACAGCAACUUACACUCUCGAGCAUCCACAGCUCUGUUUGAUUCCGUGAUUGCAAGCCAGACACCUGGUGACCCCUUCAUGCCACAGAGAAUCCUCUCGUCCUCAUCUCUGCCACUGCGCCAGCGCUCGGACAAACCACCGUGGUCUCUUGACCAUCAUAAACCCCAGGCCACUGGACAAAGCGGGAAGGCUCUGUGUGCCAAAACGGUGAGGCUGAAGGAGGCCACAGAGGGUUUGGCUUGGAGUCUCCCGGAACUGGCAUCGAUCUCCCGGUGACUAUUGAAAGCAAUCUGGGAGACUUCAAUAGGAUAUUUUAAGAAAAUGACAUUACAUCAUGUUGGGGGGAAAAUAUCUCCCAGAAUAGCUUGAGUCAGAGUUGGCAACCCUACUGUCCUGUUAAAAUGUGCAUCGUUAUUGUAUAUGAAGUUAUGAAAUUUUACUGUAUGCUUGUUACUGAAACAUGUGAUGGGUCUGGGGAAUGCCCGCAGAGUAGCUCCUUAGAAAUAACAAAAAGAAUUGUGAAACAAAGGCCUUGCAUGGCACUCAAGCCUCACAUACGCAAAAGGUGUGAACAAGAAAUUCAAAGCAGCUCUCAGGUGAAUUGUAUCUCAUGGACUCAGGAAACUGAUUGUCUGCACCCCAGCUGGGGGUAUUCCUAAAAGCAAGGAGGAGGGUAUAAAAUAAGAGCUCAUGACAUCACCUCUUUACCUCUUUCCUCCCCCCUCUUGACACCUGGGAACAAGAUCAUUUGGAAGACAAAGAGGAGCAUAAUUGAACUGGGGGACAGGUGAUUCGCAUCACAUUUCAGUAUAUCAUUUUUUACCCAAACCCACGUGAUAAGGGUAGUUACAUACUUUAGGUGCUAGAAGGGUUCUUGCAUAUUUAAAUAGAAGUCAGUUUUAGGAAUUCAUCUAGGUUGGUUGUUUCUUAUACUAAGAAGUCAGAGUUUGCUUGCUCAGACUAUUUCCAGUUGGGUGAAACAAUGCAUCAUUUAGUAUUACAAAUCAGCAGAAAUUCCUGAGUCUUCUGUUGUACAGUCUUAUUCUACUAGAGCUAUAGCUACAUCUUUUGCUUGUAUUAAAUGUGUUCCUAUUAGGGAAAUUUGCAGGGCUGCUACCUGGAAGUCAAUGCACACAUUCACUAAGCACUAUGAGCUGGAUCUAGCUUCUAGAGCAGCAGAUGCCAAAUUUGGCAGAGUGGUGCUUCAAUCAUUAUUUAAUUAGGACUCUGUUCCCAGCUCUGGGCUUUUUCAGUACUGCCUAUUGCUUGUCAAACUAGCCAUAAGUGGGAAUAUGCAGAGCCACUCAAAGAAGAAAUGAAGUUUACUUGUAAGCUGAGUUCUUUGGGAUGACUCUGCAUAUUCACAUUUCCUGCCCCUAUUUUUCUUAGUCUUAUUAUGAUCUCUCUGGGUUAGCAGUAAACAAACUGAGGUGAAAGAGGGUGCAGCACCCCCUUAUAUAGCCUCACCUCAAUGUUUGGAAGUUCUGAGAGGAGGAGGAAGUGGGGCCCAUGUACCCGGCAAUGGGCACUGGUUGGAGAAGGUUCUGCUAUUAGACCCUAACAAAUGCUGCAAUACCCAACUGGGAAUAUGCAGAGUCACCUUUGAAGAACUCCUAUUACCAGCAUAGGUGCCACAUAGGGGGGCAUGCAGGGUCAUGUGCUUUCCUGUUUUCUGCUUGGCCUGCUGGAGGGGAGGGAGAAGGGCACUGUCCUUCUCUCGCUGCGCCUGCCCCCUGGCAGCUGGGCCUGGGUCACUGCUCUGUGCAGCGUGGUGGGGAACCUAGCUGGGGAGAUGGCAGCACCCCCUCCCCUUCUCCCUCCUUGCUGGAGACAGGAGGCAAGCAAGCCGGAACACACACAGACACUCUCUCUCUCUCUCCCCCUCUCCCUCCAGCUCGCUUGGCUGCUGUCCCUGGCAGCCAGGCCCAGGUGGGGAUCAGAGGGGGUGGGUCACUGCCACCGCCGCCUCCCCAGCCAGGCUCUCUCUCCGGCAACUGCCGCUCUGCACAGAGGUAGCGGUCACCUUCAGCUGGCGUGAGAAGCAGCUCCUUCCUGCCCCCUCCGCUCCCUGCCGGGGGCCGGCUGCCAGGGAGAGCCACUGAGGGAGCCAGAAACAUGCCGUGUGACGGGGAGGUGCAGUGGGAGAAGGACAAAGCUCUCGCCCACGCAGGUAACUCUGGCAGCGUGGGAAGAAUACAGCACCCCUGGGCUAGGCACAGGGCAGACAGUCACUGAGGAAGGCACUGGAAGCAGCUUCCCUGGCCUCUGCUCUGCUGAGGUGUCCCAGGGAGACACUGGUGCUGUGAGUCUCCCCUGGCUCCCAGCCAGGCCCAGAGGCACAUGUGCUCCUUGCUGCUGUAGCCCUAGGGCCCAGGAGCCGGCGGAAUUGACUGAACUAGCCCAGGGAGGAGGGGCUGGAAGGUUUCUCCCAGAGGCAACACAUGGGGUGGUCACAUGUCCCCCCCCCACCUUCACAUUGUGCCCCCUCAGGAGGCACAUGUCAUCUCUGGUUACAAGUAAGGGCAUGUCAACACUUACAAGCUUAGAGCAGCACAGCUGUACCGAUACAGCUGUGCCAUUGUAAGAGUGCUUGUGUAGCUGUGUCUCCCACCAACCCAGCACUGUGCACACAAGCACUUAUGCCGACAAAAUUCAUGUCACUCAGGGAUGUGUUUUUUCACAUUCCUCAGCCACAAAAGUUUUGCCAACGUAAGUGCUAGUGUAGACGUGGCCAAAAUAACCUUCAUAUAUUCUGGACAAGGAGUAGCAAGUCACUAGCGGCUAGGAUAAAAAUUCGCCCCAUUGGGUUCUGAUAUGCAAGCCAUAGUUUUAUGUACACCUAAGCUUGUAUCCAUGCUAGAGCCUAAGUCUGACAUGUUACAAGAUCUAACUGGUCCACUUAUUUAAAUAUUUAUUCUGCAUCCCUGUUCUUUAGAGCAAGAGUGCAGUUGUGGUACUCAGUGAUAGCUUCAUCCGGGAGUAAGUUUGCAUGGGGGACGCUAUCUAUAAUGGAACAGUACUGCACGUUUCACAAGGACAUGAAGCCCUUUAGAGUUCUGGAAUCCCGACCAAGCUUUUAUCUAGGGUUGACAGGGCUCAUUAAUUAGUACUUCCUUCUGUCUGGUCCCAUGGCACCCCAAGGAGAAACGAUGGCCAAAUCUCGCUGCGACAGGGGCAAUCAAAAUAUCUACCAACAGGAGAAAAUAAUUCAGAAAAUCUAUGAAAGAAGGUGACUAUUCCAUAGCCUAAGGGUCCUACUCCAGACUUCAAAUUAUGCACUACAAGACCAAUAGCAUCACUCUCUUUUGGGAGUGUACCUAUGGGGGAAAAUGUGCAGAGCAGAUAUAUGGGCUUUGAGCUAUCUGUUUGUUUAUGGCCCACUUAUAAUUUUUUGGACUUGGUGGACAUAAUAUUUGAUAGUGGAGUCCAAGAGUCUGCAGAAGGGUUUAAAUAAAUAAAAGCAUGUAAUGGCUUGAUUUUCUUCCCUUUCCAUUCCUGGGCUUGAUGCUAGUUAUGUCCACUAUGUACAGAAUUGCCAGACGUACUUUUAAGAGAGAGAGAGAGAGAGGUGGCUCUUACCUGUCAGCAGCGGUAUCCCUGGUGUCUCCCACCCCUCAUCUGAGUUUAGAGCCACUUGCUCUGAGACAGAAAUGUAAGCAGUUGAAAGCCUGUUGGGCCUGUGUUACCCAAGGGUUCAUAUGUUGGUUAUCAGCUACUUUUGGAAGAGAUCCUACAUGAUUCCAGUAAGUUGUUUUUUUGGAGCAGAGGGUGGGGUGGUCCUACCUGCCCUCCUGGCUCUUCUGGCUGCCUCCUCCGCAGAGAGAGAACCACCACAUAUACACAGUUACCAGACAUCAUAACUGAGAGAAUCCAUGUAUGCAUUGCUCUCUACUGCUACGCUUUUAGGGACCUGUAGGCCUUCGCUCAAUUCCUAGCACGUAUAUGUCAACAUCCCAAAACCAUCGCCAUCACAAUGGCACCAACUGACCUGCAUAUGGGCAAUCACAACAGGGAGGCCAGGGCCCAGAUGGCCCCAAGGACCAGACUCUGGUCUCUCCUGAACCAUGAGUAGGGGCUGGUGUGGAAUACCAUGCCCAGCUCUUCCCCAGGCCUGUGGUUAAAUAGACUCCAGUGCUGUCUGUCUGGCACCAUUGGCUGAACAUUUUGUUUUUCAAAGAAAUAAAAGUGACAGUGAGAUUUCCAGUCCUCUCAAACCUGGUUCAGUUCUGGGGGUUGGAUGCACACUGAUACAUCUGGUAUAAAGCCAGGAGAAUGUUGUUCAGUGUCUGCAUACCUGCUGUUUACCAGUUCAGCCCAGACACUCCUCACAAGAGUGUCUUCCACUUGGGUCCCACCCUGGUGCACAGUUCACUCAGUGCUGCCUUCCCACUGGAGGGAACAGUCAGGUGCUGAUGUCUGGGAACGUGCUACAUGCCAUUUAAUAGGCUUUUCAGCACAGACUCUGGCUGAGGUUUUCAGCUAAGUACUGACUCUCUAAGUGUUUGUCUGAUGCUUUCUGGAAUUG